CCUACAAUGUUAUUGCCUCCAUGAUAACUCGUGUUGCUAAUGAACCCGAGGAUGACGAAAUAGUGAUUGAAGAUUUAUCACAAUACAAUAAUUUUCAAAAUGACGUCAGAGAAAAUUUACUCAAUGCAAACGAUAACAACGCAUAUUGGCUAUUUACGAGACAGAAUCCGACAACACCCCAAAUUAUUGUGAGCGGAGACGCAAUAUCGUUAUGGACGUCAAAUUAUGAUAGUAACAAGCCUCUUAAAGUUAUUGCUCAUGGGUGGGGCCGUGACGGUACUUCUCCUGUAAAUACUAUGAUCACGUCAGCCUUUCUAGAUGUAUCUGACGUUAAUGUAAUCGUUGUUGACUGGAGUGAUAGUGCUAGUGGUAAUUACGUUAGUGCUUCUGUAAGAGUACCAGCUGUAGGCCGAUUUCUUGGAAUCUUCUUACAGUGGCUGAUUCGUACUGGUGGAGGGAAUUGGGAUAAUGUACACCUUAUCGGUUAUAGUCUUGGCGCUCAUUUAGUAGGAAAUGCUGGAAGAGAAGUAGGAGGUCAACCCAUAAGGGUUACUGGACUCGACCCAGCUGGUCCAUUUUGGAGCAAUCCUUUUGCAUUAAACAAGAAUUCUGGCCGAUAUGUUGAAGCGAUUCACACAAACAUUCUUUCUCGGGGUAUUACAGAACCCAUAGCCCAUGUUGACUUUUACCCCAAUGGUGGUCAAAUGCAACCAGGUUGUGAUACAAAUCAGUGCUCGCAUUCCCGUUCUUAUCAGCUAUUUGCUUCGAGUAUUCGAACAAAUCACUUUAUCGGUAGGGAAUGCGCAAAUCUGUGGCAAGCUAUCAUAAACCAAUGUAAUGGCAGAACUUUUAAUAUGGGUAAUGGAAUUUUAAGUAAGAAAGGAAAUGGUAUCUACGCCGUAAAUACGAGUAGCAGCUGGCCUUUUUAAUUGUUAACUACUUACUUCGAGAAUAAUUCUAUUAAAACAAUUGAAAACACGCUCCAUAUUCAAAAAUCUUGCUCUUAUUUUCAAUAUCAAUCUUAUAUACUAAGCAAAUUCAAUUGUGUUCCAAAGGAAUGAAUAUGUCUCUAAAAUAUUUAAUUAAGAUUAACAAAGUCACUUAUAAGCCUUUUCCUCCGCCCUGAGGUUGCGUGGAAGAGCAUCUUUAUCGACAAGACUGCCUCCUAACAUUAUAUAACAUUUUAUUUAUAAAUUGUAACUGUUUCUUCUUAGUGUCC